CUUUCUUUUUCCCUUUUUCUCUCUCUAAUUUCCCAACUCUGUUCUCGUUUCAUUACGAAUCAUCGAUCCAUUUUGUUGCCCAAUUCUCUCAUCCGAUCCGACCAUACAUGUCUGUUGUUUGCGGCGGCGAAUGCAUCCUCUGUCUUGGCUGUUCGCGUUGGGCAUGGAAGCGCUGCACCCACGUCGGUUCAGACGACAGCGAAACCUGGCCGUCAGCUACCCCCGACGAGUUCGAGCCCGUCCCCAGACUCUGUCGUUUAAUCCUAGCCGUCUACAAAACUGAUCUCAGAAACCCCCAAUCCCCUCCCGACGGCGGCUACCGAGUCAACCCGGACUGGGUCUUGAAACACGCCGACUACGAACAAACCCAGGGUCGUUCUCCGCCGUACCUUAUAUACGCCGACCAUGAACGGAAGGAGAUCGUGAUGGCGAUCAGGGGACUCAACUUGGUCAAAGACAGUGACUAUAAAGUUCUGUUGGAUAACAGGCUGGGGAUGCAGAUGUUUGACGGGGGAUAUGUUCAUCACGGGAUGUUGAAAUCGGCGGUGUGGUUGUUGAACGAGGAGAGUGAGACGUUGAAGAGGGUUUGGGAAGAGACUGGUAGGGAAUAUGAAUUGAUUAUUGGCGGACAUUCGUUGGGGUCGGGCGUGGCGGCGUUGAUGGCGGUGGUGCUGGUUAAUCACAGGGAUAAAUUGGGUGGAAUUCCCCGGAAUAAGAUUCGGUGCUAUGCGUUGGCGCCAGCCAGGUGUAUGUCACUCAACUUAGCCGUCAAGUAUGCUGAUGAUAUUCACUCCAUUGUCUUGCAGGAUGAUUUCUUGCCUAGGACAGCCACACCCUUGGAAGAUAUCUUCAAGUCUAUAUUCUGCUUGCUUUUGGACAGCUUGCCAUGCUUGAUAUUUCUUGUUUGCCUGAGGGAUACCUUUAUACCGGAAGGUAGGAAACUUAAAGAUCCGAGACGACUUUAUGCUCCUGGACGAAUGUAUCAUAUCGUCGAGCGAAAAUUUUGCAGAUGUGGGAGGUUUCCUCCAGAAGUCCGAACAGCCAUUCCUGUCGACGGGCGGUUUGAACAUAUCGUGUUAUCUUGUAACGCGACAUCUGAUCAUGGAAUAAUUUGGAUCGAAAGGGAAUCGGAGAAGGCUUUGGGGAUUAUGAGGGAGAACAAAUCCGAGACGAUAACAGUUCCCCCGAAAAUACAGAAACUGGAGAGGUUGCAGACCAUUGAGAAAGAACACAAAGAUGCAUUGCAAAAAGCCGUCAGUUUGAAUAUCCCUCAUGCCGUGCCCGCAGAUGGUGAACCGAUCGAGAUUGAGGAAACAGAAACAGUGGCUGCUGGAACCGACAAUGGAGGUGUUAAACGGACAAAUUGGGAUGACUUGGUAGAGAAACUUUUCAAGAGGAGUGACUCAGGGAAACUACUACUAAACAAGGAAUCACAUACCCCUUAAUUCUCUUUUCUUUUUCCCCUGUUUCCCCUGACUACAAAUCGAAAAAACCCAAACCAACUUGGUCUAUAUUCUAUUUUUAGAAUCAAAAAGUGAUAAAAUGGUAAAAGAAGAAGCAUUACAUCUGUGGGUUGUAUAAGCUCUCGAGCCUCAUGGCAGCUUUGAGCAGUGCUUUAUCAAUCAGAAUCCUCGUAAACUUCUCCAUUGGAGAGUUCAUCGUACGUUCUCAUGUCAAGCUGAUAACGUACGAUGCCUCCGAUGCCACCGAACCCUCUGCAGAACUGUGAUCCUUCUUGGGAUUUGUUCGUGACAAAUUCAAGAGAGCAACCGAAACGCUUAUACUUGUUGGCAAACCAUUCGAGUAGCGGCAUUUUUUCCUGAACUUCCAACUCCGCAGAGGUUUCAGGAUCACGGAAGUUGCUCUGAUCAGCCUCCUGCUCCUUAUUCAGGCGUUUUAUGAUAAUUUCAGCCGUUAUACUAUGUUUUAGCAUGUACCUAUUGAUCUCCAGGUUUU